AAAAAGAUUGCGAUUUUCAAUAAUGUAGAAAAAAUGUCUUAAACGAAAGAAAAAUUAAUCAUUUCAGAGAGUUUCUAUUAGGAUCGUUGCUAGUUAGACCAUUCAAAUGAAGAUAAGCCUAAGUGUGAGUUCAUUUCAGUAAAACUAUGAAAUACUUCAUCCUCAUCUUGGUAGUCUUCAUCUCAAUUAGUGCUAUCAUUGCAGAGAGUGGUGAAGCUUCAGAGAGGCAAGAUGAAGAAGAUGAAGAAAUUAAACAGUUUGAGAGCGAAGAUCGCAAAGAACGAGAUAUUCCCAGAUACUACGAUCCAGCAGUAAUGACCAAAAAUAAGCGCUGAUGUCGGUUUACUAUUGAGGCACAAAAUACGAUCUGAAGAAGGAAGAUGCUGCUUUUGUUAAAUGAAUGUACAAAUAUCAGAAAAAGUGUAAAUAAAUUUGAUCGAACCGAAAACGAUUAUUAAAUGAAAUUGUUAAUUAUUAAAUGAAAAAAAAUUAUCGAAUGAAAUUUUUGAUUUAAACU